UUCAUACAGUCUUUUUCACAGAAUUUAAUUAGAUAUUUAAAAGCUACCGUAUAUUGGUUAAAAACUCCAAAUAUGGGGAGUUCCUCGCUCAAGUAUGCAAUGACUAUCUUAGCCUUUGUGGUGUAUAUAGUUUCACUCAUAUUCUCCUACCUCAAUUCACUGUCUGGAAUGGGUGGAAAUAAAAACGAGACAAAUGAGACUGCUUUGGGAGGGUUAUAUCUCAAUACCAUUAGAGAGUUAUCAGAAAAAUACAAGAGCAAUAUUCAACCAGCUAGCUGGACUUUCAUUGUCAUCUGGAUGAUUAUUUAUCUCUGGAAUGCAAUUGGUGCAUUUUACAUGAUUGUAGCUCUCUGCCUGAAGAAAGAGGAUAGUCCAACAGUGAGAGAGAAGCCUUUGAUUCCUCCAGUAACCCUGAUAUUCUGGUGUCUGAGCUGGUCAACAUCCGUGGCGUGGAUUUUUGCGAACGACAGAGAGAUUUUGGGACUGGCAAUGUUCUUCAUACUUGCGGCUUGCUGGGUCACUUACGCUGGUCUUGCAUUCUCGUAUCGAAGUUAUUACCCUGAAGUCGAAGAACUGAAACAGCAGAAUCCAAAAUUGCUUUGGCUUGUCCGUAUCAUUUUCCACAAUGGAUAUGCGAUUCUGGCAACAUGGUUGACGUGCGCUUGGAAACUGAUGUUGGCAACUGUGAUCACUUACAAGGGCAGCAUGGGAAGCCCUGUUGCAGAGCUGAACGGUUCACUGACAGCUGAGGACGCUGGCACAAUCUCUCUUGUCAUCCUCCUGUUAGAGAUCAUAGUCUGGUUUGUACUGGAAAACUUCGUUUUUGAAAAAUAUUGUCGCUACACUAUUACCAUCUACCCUACUCUUGUGUUUGCAUUGAUUGGAGCUCUCGUUGGGAAUUACGUCAGUCCCUUCUCAAGGAAUAUGUAUCUGUCUCUUACCGGUUUGAUUCUUUCAAUUCUUGCUCUGAUUGCUCGUACUGUGCUGGUUGCCUACAGGCAUAGGAACGGAAAAGUGGAUGUUGCCUAGAGCGUGGCUUAAACUUUUGGUGUUAUGGGGAUGCAGAGGUUUACUAUUAUUUACGGACCCCCAUAAUAAAUUUAUAGAAAGAAAAACACAUUGUUAUUUACCCCAGACUUACCCCAUCUUCUGAGCCCCACAAUAAGUUUAUAAAUAUGAAAACCCCUUUUUACUUACCCCAUUUAUGGAGCCCCACAUUGUUACUUACCCUUGACUUACCCCAUUUACAGAGACCCACAAUAAGUUUAUAAAUGAGGAAACCUCUUUUCACUUACCCCAUUUAUGGAGCCCCACAUUGUUACACACCCCAGAAUUACCCCAUUUACAGAGACCCACAAUAAGUUUAAAAUUAAAGAAACCCUUUUUUCACUUACCCCAUUUAUGGAGCCCCACAUUGUUACUUACCCCUGACUUACCCCAUUUUCAGAGCCUCACAAUAAGUUUAUAAAUAUGAAAACCCCUUUUUACUUACCCCAUUUAUGGAGCCCCACAUUGUUACUUACCCCUGACUUACCCCAUUUUCAGAGCUCCACAAUAAGUUUAUAAACAUGAAACUCAUUGUUCCUUCGUGAUCAAUGUUGGUGAGUAAAUUAAAGUUUAUUUAAUGACUCAGAUGUAUUUGCUGCUCGGAUGUAUUAUUUGCCAUUAGGCCUAUUGCUUUUUUAGGCAGUUACAAAAUUAGCCAAGACUUUAUUCUUUCAUGGACCCCUUUUUGUAAUGUAAAAAAAAUCAUAUUCCUGUUGCAUACAUGACAUUUUUUUGCAGUUUGAAACGAUUUUUAGACUCUCAGUAAAGUGAGAAAGUUAACUGAAUAUUGAUUUUAGUUGU